ACUGCCGUGAUUGAGAGCGUCCUUUGACUACAAACACACUUUUCAUUCCCAUGGAUAAGAAGUUUGAAAGAGUUGGCAGACUUGUACCCUAUAAACCUAUGUUGGAAUUAGCCUACAUUUGAAGACGGCGUAUCAGCAUAAAGUGGAAUACUUUCCCAAAUCUUAAGGAAAUACUGAACUCAGGAAACGUCUGCAUUUCUCUGGAAUACAAGGAAAUUGCGUGAACUUUGCUUUAUUAAGAACUUUUCUCACAGCGCAACAUGUAUGAUACGUUUUGUAAGUUUAAUAUAAGCUAAAACAUGCAGCAUCUUACAACUUGUUGCGUUUAGUGACUAAAACAUGUCUGUGUUUCUUAGUAAAAAGUUAAAGAGUUCGUAACGGACCAAGCUCAUUUUGUUUUUGUUCUGCAUUUUUAACUCUGAGCUUUCAUAAGUGGCCCACAAGGGCUUCGUCGACUUCAGUCAUCAUGAAUGUGCCACGGUGCUUUGGAUUUUUCACUAUGAUGAGACUUCUGGCUCUGUUUAUACACGUUUUAUCAACGACAGCAAAGAGACACGUUGUGUACUGGAACUCAACAAAUACAAGGUUAACGGGAGAUAAUUACUCUGUUCAGGUCAAUCUGAGUGAUUAUCUAGAUAUACUGUGUCCCCACUAUCCUGCCGGCCACCCGUCAGCUGUCCCCAUCGAGACGCUGGCACUCUACCUGGUGGCCGAGGACCAGUUCAGAGGCUGUGUGGAGACUAAAGAGGCCAUUAAGAGAUGGGAGUGUAACCAGCCCUACGCUCCCUUUGGCCCUGUCAGAUUCUCUGAAAAGAUCCUGCGCUUCACACCAUUUUCUCUGGGCUUUGAAUUCCUGCCUGGACAUCAUUACUUCUAUAGCUCGCUGUCUGCAGAUGAUGGACCCCCCCUCCCCUGUAUGAAGCUACGAGUCACUGUGUGCUGUCCGACCGUAACAGCUGGAUCAUCACGACAGGAAGCCACAGAAAGACCAUCACACAGCAGUGCUGCCUAUUCUGUGACAGCCGGACGACUUUUGCCACUCAUCUUCCCCCUAUUUGUGCCUUUUUUUCUCUGGUACCUCAAGUAACUUAAAAACAAACAAUCUUUUUCAGUUGAUAUUCCUCCAUAACGAGUUGCAUUACAGUAAAUUCUUUUCUACCCUCUCUGUAUUGCACUGGAUUACACACACACACACACACGUUGGUGCGGCUAUCCUUAUGAGGGCUCUCCAUAGACAUAAUGAUUUUUAUACUGUAUGAAAUAUAGAUUAUAUCCCCUAACCCUAACCCUCAUAAAAAACUUUCUGCAUUUUUACAACUCCAAUUCCGAAAAAGCUGGGACAGUAUGAUAAACACAAAAGAGUGAUUUGUAAAUUAUAUUCCCCCUUUGCUAUAUUUAAAGUACUAAUGAUGUCUUUUUAAUUUAAUAGUUUUUUGAAAAUGUACAAUAAUUUCAAAUCAGAUGAUUGCAACACGCUCCAACAAACCCAUAUGUUGUGCUUCAUAAUGCACCACACAUUCUCAAUUGAAGAUGGUCGGGACUGCAGGCAGUCCAAUCUAGCACCCACACUCUCUGCUGACACAGCCAUGCACUUGAAAUCCAGGCAGUAUGUGGUUUGAAGUUGUCUUGCUGGAAAAUGCAGGGACAUCCCUGGAAAAAACAGUGCCGGAUGGCAGUAUAUGUUGCUCCAAAAGUUUUACAUAUCUGUCUGCAUUCAUGAUGUUCUCACAGAUGUGCGAGUUACCCAUGCUAUGGGCACUGACACACUCCUGGUCCAUACAGACACUGGCUUUUGGACCUGACACUAAUAACAGCUUGGAUGGUCCUUUUCCUCUUUUUGCCUGGAGAACGCAACACAAACUUUUUAGAAAAAAACACAGUUCCACUGUUCUACUUUCAUCUAAGAGGAGACAGAGCCCAGAGAAAUCGGCAGCGCUUCUGGACAGUGUUGAUGUAGGGCUUCUGCUUUACAUAGUAAAGUCUUAACUUACAUCUGUAGAUGCAGCGGCGAAUGGAGUUGACUAAAAAAGGUUUACUAAAGUAAUCCCAAACCCAUGCUCAUGAUAUCCAUUACAGAUGAUGUUUUUUAAGACAGUGAUGUCUGAGGGAUCAUUCCACACAUUCAGAAAUGGUUUUCUUCUUGCCCUUUAUGCACCGAGAUUUGACCAGAUUCCUUGAAUCGUUUAACCAUAUUGUGCACUGUACAGGGUGAAUUGACCAAUUUCCUUCUAAUUUGUCUUUGGGGAACAUUGUUCUCAGAGUGCUGGAUUAGAUGCAUUGCAUCUAUUGGCAAAUUGACAAGUCUUGAAUGAUCCUUGCUUUUGGAGGCUCCUUAUAUCCCAUAACACAAUUGUCCUGUUUAAUAUCUCCUGUUUGACAUCGCCUUGUUAUUUAAAUUCGUCAAAUUGUUAUUAAUCUUAAAUUGCCCGUCUCAACUUUUUUGGAGCAUGUUGCAAUCAUCUGAUUUGAAAUGACUGUACAUUUUCAAAAACAAUUAAAUUCACAAUGUAAAACAUCAUAUAAUGUGUAUUUUUAGUGCUUUCAAUAUAGCAAAGGAUGAAUAUAAUUUACAAAUCAAUCCUUUUUGUCCCAACUUUUUUGGAAUUGGGGUUGGUAUGUUUUUUUUUUUUUUUUUUAGCAAUUUGAAUUAUGGGGGACAAUAGAUAUGUCCUCAUAAACCACAUUUAUAGCAUAAUAUCCUUGUAAAUAAUUCCUUGUAAACCACACACACACACACAUGCACCCUCACUUAUUCCUUUGCUCUGUCAUUUUUGUCAUGCCACUAAUCUCUAUCCUUCGAUUUCCCUUCUGGCACUCUCUCCACUGUCAGUGCCUCCUUACUCCUGUCUGCUCUGAUAAAAGUUCACUCUGUAACAGACCGACACUAAUCUACCUUCAAAGAGCUUAUUUUACGCUUCGUUUUCUUUUAAUCCCUCUGUCCUAAAGAGUCAGACAUUCCUUAACGUCCCUCCUCUUUUACAAGCCCUGCUCUCCCCUCUGUCCUACUGUACACUAAACUGAGCCAAAGAGGAGGAGGAAGCUCCCCAGUCCUGCUGUAUAUACUACUGAGUGAAAGAUCAGGGACAGAGUGACCACUCCUGAACACAUCCAAUCCCAUUGAAGAAGAUCAGGAUUUUUUCCAGUACUAGACAGGAUCAAUGACUGGGGAAGAAAUGUCAUAUUACUUUUUCACAUUUUUUUAUCUUUGAAAGAAUAAUAGUUUAAAAACCAAAGCCAGAUGCACAGUACACUUAAUUUGAACAAUCAUUAUAUGACAAGAUGUUGUUUGUUUGGACAGUUAUUUUGCUGAAUUGAUUUUAUGCAACUUGGCAGAACUCUGGAAUUACCUGAAAAGUCCUGGAAUUGUUCUCUUCUUGAAUAUCUGAAAUCAUUUUAGAAAUUGAGGUUGGGAUGUGUGAUUCAUUGCCACACCUGCGUGUGUUGGCUGAAGUACUUCCUGUUUAGUAUUUGUGGGACAUGUAUGACUAGGCACCUCCUAGUAUGGACUAUGAUUCUCUGUAAAGUGUGAAAGAGUUGGAUACUUGAUUAUGGCACUUAAUCAGGUUCAUGUUCAAUUUCCUUAACCUGUUUUUCAUUUAUGUCUGUUUUAAAAAAAAAAAAAAAAUUAUAGUUGUUCCUGUUCUGACUUCACUCACAUAAUUAUGUGUGGGGAUGUGUGUCAGAUUGUUUAACUGAAUGAGGAAAUAUGAAAAAUCUUUUUUAUGGUUAUAACCAUAAAUGAUGUGUCUUUUCUGUCAGUCUGAAAUGAUGUAUUGAUGAUAGCAGAGAAAACAAUGUGUUGAGUACUAAAUUGAAAACUUAGCCUAAACAUGUUAGUAUAAGAUUUACUCUCUCAACCUGUGGUGGACUGAGAUUUAAAUUCAAAUCUUAGUUUAAAUUCAGGUUUGUCUACCUAACAUUAUUUGUGUAAUCUUUUUUUAAAUUUUUUAUAAAAAAAUUCUACAAUAAUUCUUUACUAUAAUUUGAGCAAUGCAUUUUUAGUAUUCACAGGAGGAGAUUUAUUGUUUAGAUCAUAGUUUAAAUACAGCAUAAAACUUUUGGUAUGUGGGGUGAUCAAGAAAAUUAGCUUAAAUAAGAACUGACUAAAUAUAUUUAUAAUUUGUUGAACUAUUAAUAAGGAAUUUUUUCAUUCAUAUUCAGUUCUAAUAACAGUGAAGUCAUUUGCCCUUUAUUAAGUCUCAGAAUUCCAAUCCAUAUUUUUGGCAAAUAAUUUUUAUUUUUUUAAUUUCUUGUCGUGUCUGAUGAUUUUCUUUUAAUUUCAGGAUUUCAGAUGCAAAUAAUGGGUGCCAAAACAGAACAAUCAGUUUACAGAUUUUUGUACAUGGUAUGUAGGAAUGUAGUUUUCUUUGUAAUUUGAGUGUUUCACAUUUUUGUGAAGGGGUCAGCAUCUUCUGUGAAGAACUAAUGUAAUGUUUUCUAUGGCAAAAUGA